GUGGUUGGCAAAUUACAUUGACAUUUCGAAAUGUAUUUAUUCCGAAAGCUAUUGCUAAUUUCAUUGAUCUCACUGUCAGGUGUAAUAGGUGAGAAUACUGAAUGCGCCCUCUCAAAGAUCAAGGACACGGAAUGCGGAGGACAUUGCUAUAAAAUAGUCAAGCCUCUGCUGGAAUAUGCUGCCUCGAUUCGGUCGAAAGAGAGCCAGUUCAACGAAUUAACGACUCAGAUUAUGCGACUCGAAGCAAUUAUUGAAUCUUUGGAGCGUCAACUUGCAUUAAGCCAGUCUAAUCAAAAAAAUUGCUUGACUAAAGAGCAAAUGCUCGCCACUAACCAGACUCUGAUGGCAAAGGUCCAAAAAAUAGAAGAUCGACUUAACACGGAAUUGAAAAACAUAGUUUCUGAAAUGCAGAAAAUGAAAUCCCAAGAAGUUUCUACUACGCCUAAGCCUAAAGAGCUUGAAAAGCCAGUGGAAACCAAAAUGACCUUCCCUUCAAGCUGCAAAGGAAAACAGACAGAGAUAUUAGAAAUACAAGUUUCUGGCUCGAACCCUUUUCAGGUGUCCUGUGAUUCGACUCUGGCUGGCUCCGGCUGGUUAGUUAUACAGCGUCGCCAAGAUGGCUCCGAGAACUUCAACAGGAAUAUGCAAACUUAUCGAACGGGCUUUGGAAAUUUGAACAACGAAUUUUUCAUCGGUCUCGAUAAGCUUUACAUGCUGACGAGUUCCAAGCAACACGAGUUGUAUAUAUACCUAAAGAAUUUUCGAAACGAAGUUCGAUAUGCUCUAUAUAGUAGCUUCAGAAUCGGCGGAGUCGAGGAAAACUUCAAGCUGAAAGCACUGGGCGAAUACUCUGGAAAUGCAGGCAAUGCAAUGAUAUAUUAUCUCAAUAUGGAAUUCUCAACGCCAGAUGAAGAUCACGAUAUUGAUCCUGCUAGGAAUUGCGCAAAUUGGUAUAGGUCUGGUUGGUGGUACAAAACCUGCCAUCACAGUCAUCUCAAUGGAAUAUACCGAACCGCGGAACAAUCGCAAAGUGUUGGCAUUACUUGGAAGAAAUGGCACACAACUUCAUUGAAAUUUGUACAAAUGAUGAUCAGGCCAAUAAAUUAACUUGUUCCAGGCAAAUUAAAAUUUUGGUAAGUUGCUUAGAGUGAACAAAAAGUUGUUUUA